CAGUGCUCUGGGCUGGGUUGAUAAGGUGGGGGUCGGGCACAGGUUGGGCUCCAUCACCUGAGGCCUUUCCCAAGCUGCUGUGACCCUGCCAUUCCAGGAGGAAGGCUCGCCAGGCCAAGGCUCGCCGCAUCGCCCCCCGCCCCGUGGCUGGGCCCAUCCGGCCCAUCGUGAGGUGCCCUACCAUCAGAUACCACAAAAAGGUCCGUGCUGGCAGAGGCUUCAGCCUGGAGGAGCUUAAACUCGCUGGCAUCAACAAGAAGUUUGCCCGGACUAUCGGAAUCUCCGUGGAUCCCCGGAGGCGGAACAAGUCCACCGAGUCCCUGCAGGCCAACGUGCAGAGGCUGAAGGAGUACCACUCCAAGCUCAUCCUCUUCCCGAGGAAGCCAGCCAUGCCCAAGAAGGGAGACAGCUCUCCAGAGGAACUCAAGAUGGCCACUCAGCUCACAGGACCUGUCAUGCCCAUCAAGAACGUUUUCAAGCGGGAGAAGGCGCGUGUCAUCUCGGAAGACGAGAAGAACUUCAAGGCCUUUGCCAGCCUUCGCAUGGCCCGGGCCAACGCCCGCCUCUUCGGCAUCCGCGCCAAGCGCGCCAAGGAAGCGGCAGAGCAGGACGUGGAGAAGAAGAAAUGAACUGUUCUCCCCAGAACUGUCAAUAAAGAGCCCUACAGA